ACUCAAACACAAGUCCAGAUUUCUCAACUGGGCCAAGUUUGUGGCAACCACACUCACCUCGUUGCUCAAUUGCUCAUCAUCUGUAUCACUACACCAAAACCAUCGCUCUCUUUCUCUCUCAUCCCAAAUCUCCAUUGUUGAAGCUUCCAUUUUCUCUCUCCUCUGAAAAUGUUCGCUCGUAGGGCGGCCCAACGGCUGCUGGAGAUCCGUCAAGUUUUCCGUCAAUCUCCUCAGGUUUCUCGAUCCUUCUCUUCUGCGCUCAACUACCACAUUGAUACACCGGAUAACAAUCCUAACAAUCAAUGGAAGUUCACUGAAACAAACAAUCAAAAGGUGAAGGAAAUAUUGUCUUUCUACCCAUCCAACUACAAGCAGUCUGCUGUCAUUCCUUUGCUAGAUCUUGCACAACAACAGCAUGGAGGUUGGCUACCUGUUUCUGCUAUGAAUGAGGUGGCCAGGAUUAUAGAAGUCGCUCCUAUCCGUGUAUAUGAGGUUGCAACUUUCUACUCGAUGUUCAAUCGAAGCAAGGUUGGAAAAUAUCAUCUUUUGGUUUGUGGAACAACACCUUGUAUGAUCCGUGGUUCACGAGAAAUUGAAGAAGCCUUAUUGAAUCAUCUGCGGGUGAAGCGAAAUGAAGUGACAAAGGAUGGUCUUUUCUCUGUUGGAGAAAUGGAGUGCAUGGGAUGUUGUGUGAAUGCUCCUAUGAUAACCAUUGCCGACUACUCCAAUGGAUCUGAAGGAUAUACCUACAACUACAUUGAGGAUGUCACUCCAAAGCGUGUUGUAGAAAUUGUUGAAAUGCUGAAGAGGGGAGAGAAGCCACCUCCUGGCACCCAAAAUCCAAACCGAUUCAAAUGUGCUCCAGAAGGAGGAAAUAAAACAUUGUUAGGUGAACCAAAGCCGCCUCCAUGCAGGGAUCUUGAUGCUUGCUAAGGUGGCAGCUGCAGGACGAUGCUUCAAAUAACGCGAUGUUUAUUCCAACUAUACACCCUGUUGCUCUGAAGAGCUUGUAGCAUGCAAUUUUUUUGUACUGAUGCAUCGUGGUUUCCAUUUUCACAUCUCUGAUGCUUUAUUUUAGUUGUCAUUUUAGGUGACAGAUUGUUGUACGGAUGAGCUCUUGCUGACCUGCAUGAGCCCCGUGAUGGGAAGAAUAUAAUAAUCCUCAUUACUCUGUAUGUACUUCUGGUAUUACAUGUGGAAAAAGCUUUCAGUUGAAUAGUGAUUUUUUGGAGCUUGUACUUCACUUUGUAUUUGACUUGGUAAUAUGUAUUGCCAAACAUUGAUAUUGCCUUA